AUGUAGAACUUAGAUAUUUUUAAGGGGCAAAAAUAGGCUGAAGAAAAAGUGAAUUAAAUUUAGAUGCUCUCCAAACUUAUUGAUUAUCCAGAGUUUAUAGUAGGAGCUAUGAGAGUCGCAAAAUUACAUUUAGAAUGCUUGAUAUUGUAAUCUUUCUAAUCAAUCUAUAAUGGAGAUGGCUUUAUAUCAAAGGAAGAAUUAAAAGAAGCUAUGGGAUUCUUAGAGCCUGAAAUAUGGGAAUAGUUUUUAAAUGAUUGUGAUUUAAAACAAAAAGACGGAAAAAUAUCAGAAGACGAAUUUAGUAAAUUCUUAACUACUUUAUGA